GGGCUGAGGCGACCGGCGGCCGCUGGCGCGGCUUGGGGGGUUGUCUUGGAGAAGCAAGAUGGCGGCGACGGCUGCCGCGGUGGUGGCGGAGGAGGACACGGAGCUGAGGGACCUGCUGGUGCAGACGCUGGAGAACAGCGGGGUCCUGAACCGCAUCAAGGCUGAACUCCGGGCAGCGGUGUUUUUAGCAUUAGAGGAGCAAGAAAAAGUAGAGAACAAAACUCCUUUAGUUAAUGAGAGCCUGAAAAAGUUUUUAAAUACAAAAGAUGGCCGGCUGGUGGCCAGUCUCGUUGCCGAAUUUCUUCAGUUUUUUAAUCUUGACUUUACCUUGGCAGUUUUUCAGCCUGAAACUAGCACAUUUCAAGGUCUUGAAGGUCGAGAGAAUUUAGCCCGAGAUUUAGGAAUUAUUGAAGCCGAAGGUACUGUGGGUGGACCCUUAUUAUUAGAAGUGAUCAGACGCUGUCAACAGAAAGAAAAAGGGUCAACCAGUGGGGAAGGUGCACUGGACCUGUCUGAUAUACAUUCUCCAUCAAAGUCACCAGAAGGAAAAACAGGUGCACACACUCCUCCCAGUAAGAAGGCCAGCAAUGAUGCCAGUCACAGCGAUACCAGUAUCUCAUCAUCAGAGCCAAAGAGCAGAAGUAGUCUUCACUUACUGGCCCACGAAGCUAAAAUCGGGUCCUUGUUAGGCAACAACAGUCUCGAUGUCAAUGCCAAAGCGCGUCCCGGUCCAGAUCAAGAUGACCUGGAAGGGGAGUCUUUCUUUGAUGACCCCGUUCCUAAACCAGAAGCAGCGUACCGUUGGAGAAGUGAACCCAGUAAGCAAGCAGGAAGCCUUGCAUCGCUCUCUGAUGCGCCCCCCCUAAAAAGUGGACUCAGCUCCCUUGCUGGAGCCCCUUCAUUGAAAGAGUCUGAAAGUAAAAGGGGAAACCCAAUUCUAAAAGAUGUUAAAUUGGUCAACGAUAAAAUUGGAUCACUUGGAUUAGGGACUGGAGAAGAUGACUAUGUUGAUGAUUUUAAUAGCACCAGCCAUCGCUCAGAGAAGAGUGAGCUGAGUAUUGGGGAAGAGAUUGAGGAGGACUUCUCUGUGGAAAUGGAUGACGCCCACACCAGUGAUAAACUGGAGGAUCUGACACGGGACCUGACGGUGUCGCAGCUCAGUGACGUCGCCGAUUACCUGGAAGACGAGGCCUAGGCCCGCGCGGCAGGGCGCUGUCGGCAGAGGACGGGACUCGGAUCAGUUCCCUCCAGACAAUCACUCUUUGCUGGAAUGUCUGCUCCCUGUUGGUGCCUUGUGUUUCAAAGGAUUACAGAUAUUUUAAAAAAGUAACUUUUCAUUAUACUAAACAAAAUAAUUCCUAUUUGAGCCCAUGUGUGGAAGAUUUAAUAUUCCUAAUUUGGUCUAGGUACAUGCUUCUCUAUGAAAGUUGAUUAGGCUCAAAUUUAUCACAAGGAGGGAGCCGGUACAGUGCUGGUAUUAAGCGCAUCGCGAAGGCGGCAGUAGAGCUGUAGGUUCACGGCUCCACGUGCCUGCCUGCCUGCCUGCCUGCGGGCCGGCACCAGGGCUCAGGCGUUCGGCAGCAGGAGGGGCAUCUGCAGUCGGAGGGGGCGGUGGUGGGUGGUUCUACAGGGAGCUGGCCCGUGGCCUGGAAGAUCUGCAGUCUGGAGCCUGUCACUGUAAGUUGAUAGGUUGACUUGGCUUUGCAUUUCCUUCCGUUUGGGAGGUUUGUUAGACCAUUAAGGUUAUAUUAAAAUCCUCGUGUGUGUCCUUCUUAGUUUUGCUCGUUUUAAAGAUU